CUUGUUAACAGUAACACAGCAUAUUUCGGUUUGCUGGAAAUAUGCAAACCGAAGUCUGGCGAAACAAUCGUCAUCAGUGGAGCCGCAGGUGCGGUCGGCUCACACGUGGGCCAGAUCGCUAAAAUUUUGGGCUUAAAUGUUAUCGGUAUAUGCGGCUCCGACGAGAAGUGCAAGUGGCUUACUGAGGAAAUGGGUUUCGAUUCCGCCAUUAAUUACAAGACCACAUCAGUCGCAGCCAGAUUACGCGAAGUUGCUCCGCAAGACGUGGAUUGUUACUUUGACAAUGUUGGCGGGAAUAUCUCUAGCGCAGUCAUAUACCAGAUGAAGCCAUUUGGCCGAGUAACUGUGUGCGGUAGCAUCUCAAGCUAUAACGCGGACAAUUCAUCUUUGCCAAAGUGUACGAUCCUGCAACCCAUUUUAUCGAAACAUGAAUUGAGAAUGGAGGGUUUCUUCGUUACACACUGGAUGAAUCGAUGGAAUGAAAGCAUUAUGCAGAAUCUGCAAUGGCUACGCGAGGGCAAGCUUCGUUAUCGUGAGACCGUGACUAAAGGUUUCGAGAACAUGUUUGAAGCGUUUAUCGGUAUGCUGCGCGGCAAGAACAUCGGCAAAGCGAUCGUCCAGGCGUAGACAUCAAACAUUUAUCGCGAACCGAACCUAUUUCUCAUAAUAUUAAUGCCUUUGAAUUCUAUAACUGCAUAUUAUGUACAAUGUUUUUUUAUACUUUUGAGAUAUUGAGAAAGCAUUGAAUUUUAAUUUCCAAACGUUCUUUACAUUUUUUUAUAUUAAUCAAGCGUUUUAUAUAAAUAUUUAAAAGAUCGAAACUAUUAGGUUUUUAUACAUUGGGUUCGUUCGGUUUUUUUUAGUUCAAAAUUGUAUAUAAUUUUGUAAUAAUUUUAUAAUUUAAUAAUUUUACUAAGAAUAGACAAAAUUUAAAUAAAAAAAAGAUUCUAAA